AUGGCGCAUCAAAUCGCGCAAAACCAACGAUUGUUAACCCAAGGCAUCACACUUUUCGGACUCCAUCACAGGUGCGAACCUUCCGAGGCACCCCCACCGACACCUGUUCAAUGUACGCAUUGCUUUAAACAUGGACACACCCCAAACGGAUGUCCCAAUCAACCAAUCUGCCCCACUUGCCCCAACACACACCCGCCAAACAAAUGUCCACAAACUGACCCUAAAUCCCCCUUUUGUGUGUGGAAAUCACCCCGCCUGGUCACGGAAGUGCCCCAAAUUUCUAGAAAUCACGGCAUCCGAAGAACCCCAACAAUGUCCACUCUAAUAAUCGACCCUCUGGAAGAUUUUGCCCACCCCAUCGACGUCACAGACGAUCAACCCCCCUCCAUCGACCCCAGUUCUCUCCACCCCAAACAACUAGCUGUAACUAACCAAAGUUCUCAUGGACCUCUAUCCGUUCCAAAGGAACCAGGUCCAAGCUGCCAUCGAGCAGGCCUUCCGCCACAUUUUCCGGCUAAUCACCCGGUUCAAUCAUUCGUCGUCGUCGGCUCCACUUCACAUUCGAUGACUAGGCCCCCGAAUUACACAUUUAUCCCGGCGCUUGCUGUCCCCCCCUCAGCAAGCGCCCCCCGUCCCGGGGCCGAACCACGGGCAAACUCCAACCACGCAAACAAACCCAAACCUGCAAAUUAA